AUGAAGCUUUCCACAGGUAUCAGCAUUGCCGCUAUCCUUUAUGUUUGUUUCGUUUGUAUUAACUCAAAACCAACUGAUAUUGAACAAAUCAACGAACAUCAAACUCUUGAUAGUCUCUACCCAACUAUCUUAUUCACUGAUGAUAUUGUUGAACGAGCAGCCCCACGUCUUGGCCGUGCUUCACCUCGACUCGGUCGCGCAUCGCCCCGCCUCGGCCGCCACGCUCCAACAUAUGUUGUUUCGCGAUUAAAUCACGCUGGUCGAUACUAUAUCGGAGAUGAUGAUUCUGUCAAUGAUUCUGCCUACGAUCUCGACUUAUCUUCGAAUGACAAACGAGCAGCUCCACGUUUGGGUCGCUCUCUUUAA